AGCAACAUUCGAAUCAAAACCAGCGAGUCCACGUAUGCGUACACCACCCAACGAAAAGUGGAACAAUAUCCUGAGGCGAAAAAUGUCGUGGGGUUCAAAAUUGAUGUUCGGUUUCUUUUGGAUCGCAACGGAAAAGAAUACGAUUGGUGCAGCGGAGAGAUGGCGAGAUUGGAUGAUGCAGAUAAAGCCAUGACAGACAAGGCCAAAUUGAACCGCGAGAGCAAGGACGACUUAGAUUAUAUGCUAGAGCUAUGUAGUGACAACGACUUGGUGGGCUGCACAGCAUGGCAGUUCCAAUCGGCCGGUUCAUGCGGUAACAUUUGUUCAAUUAACUUGGCCAACAAUGGGCUAUAUGUGGCCCUA